AUGGAUGAAAAAUUAAAUCAUGAUGAUACUUUGAAAGAGCAAACAAAAGUCAUAACUACGGAUCUUUCAGGUCUUCAAGGUUUCAUCCAAAAUCCAUAUCUUUUUGGUAUUGCAAUAUUUUCUUCCCUUGGCGGAUUAUUGUUUGGUUAUGAUCAGGGUGUAAUUUCCGGUAUUCAAGAUAUGGAGAACUUUAAAAAAAGAUUUCCUGUAAAUCCAGUGGAAAAUGGAUUGAUCGUGUCUAUUUUAGAAUUUGGUGCCUGGCUAGGAACAUUGAUCAUUCCAUAUAUGGCUGAUAAGAUCUCUCGUAAAUAUUCAAUUGCUAUGGCUACCUGUGUAUUUCUAAUAGGGAGUGCUUUGCAAUCUGGAGCACAAAAAUUGAUACAUCUUAUGAUUGGAAGAUUUGUAGCUGGUCUUGGUGUUGGAUCUCUUAGUACUCUUGGUCCAUUAUAUCAAUCAGAGUUAUCGUCUCCUCAAUUACGUGGCAGUGUUGUCUCACUUUAUCAACUUUCUAUUACUUUGGGUGUAGCCAUUUCUUUUUGGAUUGACUAUGGAACAUCUUUUACACUUGAUCAAUGGUCAUGGCGUCUUCCUUUACUUUUACAGAUGGUAUUUGGUCUAAUUCUACUUGUGGGCGUUUUCUUUCUUCCUUUUAGUCCUCGUUGGUUAAUGAAAGUUGGAAGAGAACAAGAAGCUUUACAUAUAUUGGCAAGGUUACGACAACGCGAUGUAAUUGAUCCUAUGGUUGAGGCAGAAUGGAAAGAUAUCAAGGUUAUUGUUAUGUUUGACCGAUAUUUGGAUGAACAAAGAGAUAAUCAAUUGAAAUAUGAUAUUACUAGUGAUGGCGUUAUAAAUAGAUGGCAACUUUGGAUCAAGAGGAAAUGGAUCAGUAAUACUCAAGUCCUAAGACAAGGCAUGUGGAAACGUGUGUUGAUUGGUAGUACCUUGUUAUUUUUUCAACAACUCACAGGGGUAAAUGCUAUUGUUUAUUAUGCUCCUUUUAUCAUCAACUCAGUGGGUCUUACAGGGAAUUCAGUCAAGUUAUUGGCAACUGGUGUCAUUGGUGUCAUUAUGGUUUGCUGUUGUAUUCCGACCGUCUUGUAUUUGGACAAAGUGGGCAGAAGAAUCUUAUUGCUGGUGGGUUCUGUUGGUAUGGCUAUAUGUAUGCUCACUGUAGGCAGUCUCACUGUUGCUUUUCAGCAUGAUUGGGUUCAUCAUUCAAACGAAGCUUGGCUUGCCGUCAUCAUGAUUUAUAUCUUUAUGGGUUUUUUUGCCUUUUCAUGGGGUCCGGUACCUUGGGUGGUAUCAAGCGAAUUGUUUCCUUUACGUGUCCGUGCUAAGGCAAUGGGGAUUACUAGUUCAAGUCAUUGGAUGAACAAUUUUAUAGUUGGAUUUAUUACUCCUCCUUUAUUAGCUGCAAGUGUACCAUCAACUUAUUAUAUGUUCAGUGCCUUUUGUAUUUUAUCCAUUGCCUUUGUAUGGUUUCUGAUACCAGAAACAAAAGGGAAAUCUUUGGAAGAAAUGGAUAUCAUAUAUGGUGGACAAACAGCUACAGAAGAUGCAAUCGCGAUGGAACGAAUUAGGCAUGAAGUGGAUAUGAUGGUAGUGACAAAGACACAUACUGUAGCAUAAUUUUUUUUUUAGUGAUAUUAAUAAACCGUAUGACACAAAAAAAUGUUUUCAUCUUCCUCUUUAGAAAAAUAAUGUUUAAAUAAUGAUUUGUAAUGUGAAUAUAUGACUUGAAAUUAAAUAGACCUUGG